GAGAGCUUGAAUUGUGUAGACACACUGUAUCAAGAUGCUGAUAAGAGGAAAAACAAUGUUGCGCUAGGUUUGACGUUCGUCUGUUUGCUACCGGUCUGACAUUUCUCAAAAGGAUAGGAAAAAUCAAGCUGUAAGGGGAGUGGACUUCUGUUGUUUCCCAACCAAGCCCCUUCCCCCAACCGCACAGUGCAGUACACAGCCGUGUGCAUCUUUUUUAUCGGUAUGGCAAAUGAAUCACUAAAAAAUAGGGGAGGAACAAGUCAUUCCAAAAACACGAAUCUCACCUCCUCAGUGGAACUGAGUACGUCUUUAGACCAAAGUGUCCAAACCCGAAUAUUCAAGAUAAUUGUCAUUGGGGACUCAAACGUUGGAAAAACCUGCUUAACCUUCCGCUUUACCGGAGGGAGCUUUCCGGAGAAGACAGAAGCGACUAUCGGUGUUGAUUUCAGGGAGAAAGCUGUGGAGAUUGAGGGCGAAAAAAUUAAGGUGCAAGUCUGGGACACAGCUGGGCAGGAACGAUUCCGGAAGAGCAUGGUGGAGCACUACUACCGUAACGUCCACGCCGUCGUCUUUGUUUAUGAUGUCACCAAGAUGGCCUCCUUCCAGAAUCUGAAGACCUGGAUCCAGGAGUGCAACGGGCACCGCGUUUCGCCCGCCGUGCCCCGGGUCUUAGUCGGGAAUAAAUGUGACCUGGUCAGCCAGAUCCAGGUGCCCUCCAACACGGCCCUCAAGUUUGCCGACGCCCACAACAUGCUGCUCUUUGAGACGUCGGCAAAGGACCCCAAGGAGAGCCAGAAUGUGGACUCCAUCUUCAUGUGCCUGGCUUGCAGGCUCAAGGCCCAGAAGUCCUUGCUCUACAGGGAUGUGGAGAGGGAGGAUGGUAGAGUGAGGCUCACCCAGGAACCCGAUGCCAAGAACAACUGUCCUUGUUAAGGACAAUCCCAUGAUCCUCUCUCGUUGGGCCCCCUCCUCUCCUCUCUCCCUUAGACUAGUGUCAAAAUUCCACAUAAUGCAAGACGUAGGCUACGAAAUAUCAGCAUAAACAUCUGCUGUGAAAGAGUGCAAUUGUGCCUGCAAUUGUUUCAGUUUCUCAUUGUGAACCAAUUUAUAAUCCUGACUUUGUCUCUGUGUAUCUCUCUUUCUCUCUGUCUUGCUGUUUUUCUCUUGAAUUUCAAUCUGAAUCUUCUCAUAGUCAGAAGUAACUAAGUAUAAGAGCAUACUGCCUUUCUCUCUUCUUCUUGGCCUUCAGACAAGAAGAGUGCUGACUAACCAGGACCUGCUUCCAAUGACUGAGGAAUUUUGUGUUGGGCUACAUUAUUGCAUUCAGUAUUGCCAACUCCUAAGAUUUUAUUGCAUGUCAUACUUUUUUUUUAAAGUAGUACUCAUGUCAUCUAAGUUACAUUGGUACUUUUAAAUCUUAAUGUAUAUUUUUUACUUUCACUUUUUUCUGAAAACAGUAGAGAAAAGCUUAUAUCCCUUGCUUGUGGUUGAUUAUGUCAUUCCAUAAAUGUAAAGGGCAUGGAUUGAAUAGUGAACCACGAGGCACCAGACAGAUCCAAUGCAAGUGUUAAUGAGUGUGAAACUGGUUAUAGAGUAUUAAUGAGGACCCAGUUGUGUACAGUGUUGUCUCAUCUCGCCAGUUAAUCUACCCAUUUAUGGAUAUUAUUAACACCAUACUGUUAAGCUGUCAAUUUUCUACUUUUCAGAAUUUGUUCACUUGCUAUGUGCAAGUUUGCAAGAAUAAUGAGUGGAUACAGUGUUGUUAUGAUAAUGUAUACAGUACAUGCAGGCUACUAUUUAAACAGAGCUUAAGUUCUGUAAUAUUUAUUUAUUAAUCACCAAACAGCCAUCUUAAAACAAUGGAGCAUCUACAAAUGUUUUGCUUUAUUUUUUUCCACAACUAAAAACAUUACACCUUCACAUAGCCUCUCUGUGAAGUCCAAAUAAAUAUAGUUAAGCACCUUAGGUCCUUAAACGAGAGCUGAAUUUUAAUCAUAAAAAGUCACAAUAUCAGUUCAUUAGCCAUGUGUUUUGCCAUCUGAUAUUUCUUCAAUCUAACCACGUUGUGCUUUGUUCGUAAUUCCAAAUCCUAUGCAAGUUAUACUUUUUAACCUUGCCAAUGUGUGGAUUUAAUGGUCAAUGCUCAAAUUAAUCUUUUUUGUUUAAGGAAUAUCAAGGAUUUAGCUCUGUGUUAAAACUGUUACUCAAACAAAAUCACAACGCCCACUGCAGUUAGAAGGGCAAAUUUGCGGAAAAAAGAAAACACUUUAUUAAAAAGCAAAAAUCCUGGUUUUGCAGUGUUUCAGAUACAAUUUGAGUGGUUGGCAAUACUGUGCAUUGAUACCAUCAUCUAUUUAAAAUUAAUUCAGCUUAUUUAUCCCACCUGCACAUAUAUUACCCACAAAUAUAAUAUCAAACAGGCUCAGUUUUCCCUUGGGUCCAAUGAGGACCUAAUUUUAGGGUUUUAUCUGUGAUUUUUUUUCUCUGUUCUUACACUAAAGAGUGUUUUAAGUGAUCUUUCAGAAAAAUAGUUAACUUAAAUUAUAACAUUACAUGUUAUUGCAGGUGCAAUAAUGAGAUAAGGGCCGUCCUUCCAUAAAAUGUUUUAUAUAUAGUUUAUUUGCACAAAUGUUUUGGGCCAAACGUUUGUGCAAAUAAAAGACAUAUAAAAAUAUUAUAUGGAAGUCCGGCCCUUAUCUCAUUUUUGCAUAUUUAUAACACAGGACCGGCACCCAAGUUCACAUACCAUAGAGUUCAGCGCGUUUCUUUUCCUUUAUGUACUGCAGAUGCAAUCACACAGUCCCAUCAUUUUACAUUAUAAUAACUUACAGUAUUGUGAGCAAUAAAACAUUGAUUCAAGUGCUAGAGAUGCAAGGUAGCCCCAAAGGACCGAAUUAAUACAGUGCCUGUCCACAUUUAUGGUACUGUUGGUGCCUUAACCACGUGGGUAUGAUUUUAUUACGUUUACUUUUUUAUUUAGGGCUUAACGUGCUCUUGGCACCAUAUUUGGUAUGGGCCAAGCCAGGCAAUCAAAUAACUGCGGACGUACAUAAUAAUUAACCGAUGUGUUGGAUUACAAGUGGAGUAUAAGUGGCUGAUAUGUUUAUAUUACCUACUUCAAUUUGUGUUGUAUAUCAGCUUACACAUAUACAGAGUUGUGUCUGCAUGGUUAUAUGUUUGUCAGCAGGCAGGUUCACUGGUCUCGUCUGCCUGAAUACUUUGCAACUGCCUUGAAGGUAUGAACAGAGACUAUCUUCUUACAGUCUGAACAUUGUUUCCCUUUAUUAUUUUUUUUGAUAUUGCUAGUAUGUGCGAUUCAACUGUGAUUGGAUGGUCUGGUCUCUAAAAUUCAAGAACGCUCAAUUAGUUGGCCCCCAAACCUCCAUCCUGUCCUGACUGAUGUGGCUCAAUACAUUUCUACUACAUGCCUGAUGAUAUUUAAGUAAUGUUUUGUACUGUGCUGUAACCUCAAGUGAACUUUAUAAAUUGAAAGGAUGUGUUCCAUGAAUUCUCAUUCUGCUCAUAUGUCAUCAUUAGUAUACUGUAUAUUUUUAGGGCCAUCGCUCAGUUUUCAGCCUUUUUAAUGUGAGAAAACACAUAACAGCUAUCGGUUGUAUGAUUUGUUAAUGUAUGUUUCACUGAAAGUCUUGCAUAUAUGUGAAAGCUUGGUAACAAAUACAGUACAUGCAUUGACACACACAGCUGUUAUGUGACAACAACAUUGAUAUGUGUGCUUGACUUAACCAAAGUCAAACCCUUUCCUUGUAGUGUUUCCUGAUUGUUUGAAGGAGAUGGUUCAUCAUUUAUGUAUUAUAUUGGCAUAGUUGGACAUUAACACAAUGCCUGAAAGGAGUCAAGAUGCUGCAGCGGCUAAACAGAUGGCCCACACGUUUCUCCUCUGUUCUCAUGCCUCUUUUAAUUCUGCUGCAGCCAGUUUUUUUAAUGCUUAAUACAUUAAUUGAUCUCUUUGAUGAAUGGGACUAAUAUCAAACAUUCUUAAGACAAUAAAAAUGUAUGUUUCUGUUGAACAACAAUUAAACUACAGCACUGUGGACUAA